AUGCGUUCGUAUUUAUUCCGGAGGCGACGAAAUUCUGAAACUGAGCCUUUACUUGGCGAACCUGGCCCCAGUAGAGUUCAACAAAAUGAGCAGACACAAGCAAACAGCGGGAUGGCGGAGAUUGGUGUGUCCCAGGCAGCGCUGGUGGAGCCCCGUGGCGAUACAGGCCGCAAGUUUCCACAGUAUAUUGCAGCCUUGACAGCUACCCUGGGGGCAUUAGCGGCCGGUUCAAUGCUCGGCUGGUCGUCGCCGGUCAUAUUCAAAAUAAUUCAGGCAAACAAUACCGACUACGACUUCGAGGUGAGCAGUUCCCAAGGUGACUGGAUAUCCUCGCUCAUCAACCUGGGCGCCGCGGCCGUCUGCUUUCCCAUCGGGCUCAUCAUGGACGUCCUGGGCCGAAAGAAGACCAUGCUCUGUCUCGUUUUGCCCUUCACAAUCGGGUGGCUGCUGAUUACGUUCGCCAGCAACGUGGGUAUGCUCAUGGCGGGGAGGUUCAUAACCGGUGUCGCCGGCGGGGCGUUCUGCGUCACCGCGCCGGCCUACACCAGCGAGAUAGCGCAGGACUCGAUUCGUGGCACCCUCGGCAGCUACUUCCAGCUGAUGAUCACAGUGGGAAUACUGUUCUCCUACAUAGUGGGCAGCUUCACCAGUGUGUUCGUCUUCAACAUACUGUGCACACUUAUACCUAUUAUUUUUGGAAUAGUCUUCUUCUUCAUGCCUGAAAGCCCCAACUUCCUGGUGGUGAAGGGCAGGAACGAAGACGCGAAAGCGGCUCUGGUCCGACUCCGCGGCACCAGCUACGACGUGGACGCAGAACUGAACACUUUGAUGGCCAAAGCGGAGGAGGCCAAAAACAACCCGGUCUCCUUCCUAUCCGCCAUCACCAAGAAGACCGCACUGAAGGCCAUAUUGAUCUGCUACGCCCUUAUGUUGUUCCAACAACUGUCUGGUAUCAACGCCGUGAUAUUCAACACGUCCACUAUCUUCGCAAGCGCCGGCGCCGCUAUACCGGCGGCCACGGCGACGAUAAUCAUCGGCGUGAUCCAGGUCGUCGCCACUUUCGUGUCCAGCUUGGUCGUGGAUAGACUGGGGAGGAGGGUGCUGCUUCUGUUCUCCGCUUUGGUCAUGUGCGUGUGCUCGACCGCUCUUGGAGUCUACUUCUUCAUGCAGGGCAUCCACGGCGCGGACUCGUCUAUCGUGCAGUCGAUCUCUUGGCUGCCGUUGCUCUCACUGUCGCUGUUCAUCAUCGCCUUCUCGUUGGGCUUCGGCCCCAUUCCAUGGAUGAUGGCCGGCGAGCUCUGCCUCAUUGACAUCAAGGCGUUCGUCGGCUCCACCGCUGGCACCUUCAACUGGCUGCUCAGUUUCACGGUCACCAGCACUUUCAACUCUUUGAACCAGUCCAUCGGACAGGGCCAGGUCUUCUGGAUGUUCGCCGGCAUCAUGUUAGUUGGCUUCAUAUUCAUCUUCUUCGUAAUACCGGAGACGAAGGGCAAAAGCGUAGAUGAAAUCCAGAUCAUGCUGGGAGCGGAGCCACAGGAGCAGAACGUUACCACGAAAAAA